AUGACUCAAAAGCAGCCCGACCCUGUUGCAUCCACAGACUCCACUCGACCACCUUGCAUUCAACCACGUGCUCCACUUGUGCCUAUGAAAGAACCCGAAAGUACCAAAUUCGACCGUGAAAAGCGACGCUUUUGGGCACAGUUAGACUGCUGGUAUAAGCUCGUGACUAUCUUGACCUGUGUUACUGCCAUUAUCUUCUUGUAUAGGAUCCCAAACUGGACUGUCGCGCACUCACUGUCGACUGCCAAUUUGGAUAUCUUGCAACUGAGUCAUAGACUUGACAUCAUGAAGGCAAGAGUCGAAGAACAUGACGCCAGCAUCAAAGAUAUCGUGGAUAAGCUUCGACACGACAAUCCAGACCUUCAAUCGAUCCAACACAAACUUGAUACAAUCACUUACACUUUCAAAUACGCCAUGAAACAGGUUAGAAACCAGAAGUUGGAUGUUCAACACAUCAACACCCUCAUUAAUUGGUUCACUGCUGCCGUGGAAAACACCAUUGAAAAUGUUCAAAAGCAUCGACCAGACCUUGUAGUUCUCAAACAUAAGCUUGAUACAUAUACUCUGGCCAUCAAAGAUGAAAUGAACAAGCUUCAGUCCGAAAUCCAACUCAUCAAAAACAAACUUGAUUUGAUCAGAAGAACUUACACGUGA